UCUCAGCAACAAACCUUUAAAAAGUUAAACCAGACCUGUCUCUUCAAGUUUUGAAUACAUUUAUGUUUGGAUUUUUUACUGGAACAAGUACUCCUGUGUCCUAUACCAAGACCAAGAUGUGAAUGAACCUUAGCAAAGGCAUAUGCCCUGGUACCACUUUAAGACAGCAUUACCAUCAACAAGAUGGUUUGUAGGUUUUUCACAUUGUUGGCCGUCAUAGCUGGGGUGACCGGAGUUUGCAGGCCACUGGGACUCCCGUCUGGUACAGAUCACUGUGAAGACCGCAUCGAACAAUUAGAGCAUGGGUUCACCAUCCCAGGUGAAGCUGCGGUUCUGAAUUGCUCCCUGGUGUCUUUGAAAGUUUUGGAUUUUCAAAACACCCCCUACAACCUCACGUGGUAUGAUCUGAGAACGGGCCUAGAAGUCAGGGAGGAGAUGGGCCACACCAUGAUUAGGGGGACCAGGUUGUGGUUCUUAAACAGCACACUAACAGACCAAGGAUCCUAUCAGUGUGUCGUCAGGACACCUGAACGCUGUUACAAACAGACGUCUGUCUUGCACGUGGAGCUGACAAGAGAAGGAGAGUGCGGUCGAACACAGACGACGGAUCAGACGCUGCAAGCUCUAGUCAACGAAAUGCUGGUCUGUCCCCUGUGGAGCUACACAAAGCACGUGGACAGCUUCUCUAUACGUUGGUACAAGGGCUGUGAGCUCCUCGAGGAGAACGACAAGUACGCGUUCGUGAGGGGGGCUCUGCUCCUGCGUGAUGUCUCUCCAGAAGAUGCUGGAUUCUAUACCUGCAGAAUGACCUUUCAACUUGGGGAAAUCACCAGCGAGAUGGCAGAAACCAUUGAGUGUAAGAUCAACGAGAAGUAUGUACUGAGGCCGCAGGUGAUUGAACCAAGCAACGAGGACAUCAAAGCAAACCUGGGUGCCCCCUUCGGUAAGCUGUGUCGUGUGUUUGUUCCUGGUCAGGAUAUUAGCUCAGCUGAUGUGAUGUGGCAGGAGAACUAUGAGGGUGAGGAGAUGUUUGUAUCAUUUGACACCUCCGAUCGUCUCCACCAGAAACCAGUCAAUCAAAACAGAACCAAGGAUGGCAUUUGGUUGGAGCGCCUCUUGUGGUUCUCAGAAGUACUGCAGUACGACUUCAAUCGGAACUUCACUUGUGUGGUGUCCAGCCACUUAGGCUGCCCCACCGGCCAAUUCGUACUCCUGCCUGCAGAACCAAAUUUGCUCCUGCCCAUUGGACUUCUUCUGGGUUUGAUGGCAUGUCUGUUCACACUGGGAGUGACCCUGUACAGCAUGUUCAAGGUUGAGUUGACUCUUGGAUUCAGGAGUGUCUUUCCAUUCUUCUAUGCUAGCACAGACAGUGACGGGAAGCUGUAUGACGCGUAUGUGGCUUAUCCACGGGUCUUUGGGGGUGAUUCUAGUGGAAAGGCAGAAUUGUUUGCUCUGAAAACACUACCUGAAGUCCUGGAAGGUCACUAUGGGUACAAGCUCUUCAUUCUCGGCAGAGACAGUCUCCCUGGAGAAGCGGUGGUGGAUGCUGUAGAGGACAGUAUGGCGCGCUGUCGUAGGCUCCUGCUUCUCUACACUUCGUCCUCUCUGUGUAGUCCAGAGGCAGUGGAGUGGAUGGAGCAGAGAGCGGGUCUCCACCGGGUCCUCCUGGAGGGCUCUCUCAAAGCGGUCCUCCUGGAACUGGAGGAGGUGUCGAACCCCGAAUGCCUCCCUCUCUCCGUGCGUCUCCUCAGAGAGAAACAGGGGGCCGUGCAAGCCUGGAGGAAGAGAAGAUGGACGUGGUGCACAAAGAGUGAAGGGACAGAGGGACUCAGAGUAGAGGAGAUGACCACAAAGACGGAGGAGCCCCUGGCUUCCAUCUCGCCGUCUGCGCGAUUCUGGAGAGAGUUACGUUACCACAUGCCUGUCCGGGGCAAGGCGAAACCAAGCUCGCAUAGAAGUAUAUCACUGUUGAACUUUUAAAGGACAGUAAAACUCCCACAGAACUCCCACAGAAGGGUGAAAAAAAACAAACUUCUUUGAACUUUUGAGGUGUAGCUGAGCCUCUAAAGGAUGUUUUUUUUUUUUUUUUUUUGAGAAUUAUCGCUGCCGGGCAGCUGAAAACAAAGAGAGAAAGAGUCAUCUUUCCCAGAAUCUGCAGAUUUUUGGACACUCUGUAGAGAGUGACAAAGUUAGCACGUUUUGCAAUUUUCUGCAAUAUCUCCUGAAUGAUCUACAGUAGAAACUGUGCUGUAGAUUAUGUGGUACUCGUUCAGAGCUGCACAGUGUAGCUCGAGGAAAUAUGAGAUCCUGGAUGGAAAUAAUCUUGGGAGACUUGAAUCUGUUAUGUUUUGUGGCUAGAAAAUUUGGGAAUAAACGUUAGCCAACAUUAGCAUGGCUCCACGGAGCUCUUAAUGGAACCAUGCUAACAUCAUGUAGCAACUGUGCCAAGAAUGGUAUGAAUUAAAUAACAUUAAGUUCA